AAAAUUUUGGUAAAAAAAAUAAUACUCGUAUUAAUGGCACUUGAAAAAAGCAAAUGUGACUAACAUUUUGAGUGCUAAAAAAAUGUAAUAAUUCAUAUCAUCCUUAAAAAAUAAAAAAACAAAAAAAUACGAGAAAAAAAAAAUGGACGCCGAUAAGUUCCGAUUUUGAUAAAUCGUGGAUUCGUGGGGCAAAUGUUUAGGAUGAGGAAAUAUUUCUGAGUCACCAAAAAUAAAAUCAAAUCUCCAUAAUACCCUCAAAAAACAAAAUUAUUUCUUCCUCAUCCCAAAUUUUCAUUUCACUCAAAAAAUUCCCCAUAAAAAAGUCAAGGGGCAAUAUCGUCAUUAACAAAAAAAUAAAUUUUCAAUUAAUAAAUAAUAAAAAAGUAAAACCCAACUCCCCGCCACUCAACACAGUCCACCACUAUCUGACUGAAAGAGGAGAGAGAAAAUGGCGCUGCAACUCACUUCACCAUCUUUCUCUCUUUCUUCAACCUCCUUCUCAUCUUCUCACCCUAAAUUCUCUCUCCUCCGAUCAACCUCAGCCGUCCGAUUGAAUUCUCGAAGCUUCGAUUUCUUCUCCAGGAAGAUGACCACAACGACGCCGUUUGCUAUGAAGGCGGAAGCAGGAGAGUCGAAGGUUCUAGAAGAGGAGAGAGAGAAAACAUGGAGAAAAGUUUCGGCGGUGUUGUUUGAUAUGGAUGGUGUUCUUUGUAAUAGUGAAGAACCUUCUAGAAGAGCUGCAGUUGAUGUUUUCGCUGAAAUGGGCGUUGAUGUUACUGUUGAUGAUUUUGUUCCUUUUAUGGGAACUGGGGAAGCAAACUUCUUGGGAGGUGUUGCAUCACUGAAAGGGGUUAAAGGAUUUGAUACUAAUGCUGCCAAAAAAAGGUUCUUUGAAAUUUAUCUUGAAAAGUACGCAAAGCCAAAUUCUGGUAUUGGAUUUCCAGGUGCUCUCGAACUUAUUACUCAGUGCAAAGCAAAGGGCCUCAAAGUUGCUGUUGCAUCCAGUGCUGAUCGUAUCAAAGUGGAUGCAAAUCUAGCUGCUGCAGGGUUGCCCGUUGAAUUGUUUGAUGCUAUUGUGUCAGCAGAUGCAUUUGAGAAUCUGAAGCCUGCUCCUGAUAUCUUUUUAUCUGCAUCCAACAUACUUAAUGUGCCACAAAGUGAGUGCAUUGUAAUUGAAGAUGCACUUGCAGGAUUACAAGCAGCUAAUGCUGCCAAAAUGAGGUGUAUAGUUGUGACAACUACAUUAUCUGAAGAGAUUCUUGCAACUGAAGCUCCAUCACUUAUCAGGAAGGAUAUAGGGAACAUAACCCUCGAUGAUAUCAUCAGUGGUGGAUCUAACCUCCGCAAUGAGAGGUUGCAGGCAUCUCAACUUGAGGGAGAAGUGAGGAAUUCCUUCCCAUCUGGAGGGUUGCAGGCUUCCAGGAGAAAUAUUCUUAAAUAUGGAAGUUUAGGCAUUGCUGUAUCUUGCUUCAUCUUUGCCUUCUCAAACAGGAAGGCAAUGCAAUAUGCAUCACCAAAAGCCCUUUGGAAUCUAGCUUUUGGGGUAAACAACCCUACUCUUGGACCUAAUGAAGGUGAGUCGCGAUCUUCCAGGGUGCAACAGCUUGUGAAUUACAUAUCCGACCUUGAAAAAAGGGGAAAUGCCCUUGUUGUGCCUGAAUUUCCUUCUAGACUUGAUUGGCUAAAUUCCGCACCCCUUCUAUUCCGCAGAGAUCUCAAAGGUAAAGUGGUAGUCUUGGAUUUCUGGACCUACUGCUGCAUAAAUUGUUUGCAUGUUCUACCCGAUCUUGAGUAUUUGGAGAAGAAGUACGAAGAGAAGCCUUUCACUGUUGUUGGAGUACAUUCAGCUAAAUUUGAUAAUGAGAAGGACUUGGAAGCAAUUCGCAAUGCAGUUCUGAGAUAUGGAAUUACUCAUCCUGUUGUAAAUGAUGGAGACAUGAAUUUAUGGCGUGAAUUAGGGGUUAAUUCUUGGCCGACUUUUGCUGUUGUUGGACCCAAUGGUAGGCUUAUUGGGCAAAUAGCAGGAGAGGGUCGCCGAAAGGACCUUGAUGAUAUUGUUGAGGCAGCGCUUCUUUUCUAUGGUGAAAGGAAGAUGUUAGAUAAUUCACCCCUUCCUCUGCGUCUGGAAAGAGAUAACGAUCCCCGAUUGCUGACCUCUCCAUUGAAGUUUCCAGGAAAGCUGGCAGUGGAUGUGCUGAAUAAUAGGCUGUUUAUUUCAGACAGUAACCACAACCGUAUUGUUGUUACUGAUUUGGAUGGGAAUUAUAUUACACAAAUAGGGAGCUCAGGAGAGGAGGGUUUACGUGAUGGUAAUUUUGAUGAUUCAGCUUUUAACAGACCUCAGGGCCUUGCAUACAAUCCCAAAAGAAAUGUGCUAUAUGUUGCAGAUACCGAAAAUCAUGCUUUAAGGGAGAUCGAUUUUGUCAAUGAGAUGGUCCGCACACUUGCUGGCAAUGGUACAAAAGGUUCUGAUUACAGAGGUGGAGGAAGGGGAACCUCUCAGCUCCUCAAUUCUCCAUGGGAUGUCUGUUUUGACCCUGUCAGAGAGAAGGUUUAUAUAGCAAUGGCUGGCCAACAUCAGAUUUGGGAACACAAUUUAACAGACGAGAUCACCAUGGCUUUCAGUGGUGAUGGUUAUGAAAGAAACUUGAAUGGUUCGAGCCCGUUGUCCACAUCAUUUGCACAGCCUUCUGGAAUGUCGUUAUCUCCAGAUAUGAAAGAGGUGUACAUUGCGGAUAGUGAGAGUAGCUCUAUUAGAGCUCUUGAUCUCAAGACAGGAGGAUCAAGAUUGCUGGUUGGUGGUGAUCCUAUUUUCUCUGACAAUUUGUUCAAGUUUGGUGACCAUGAUGGAAUAGGUGCUGAAGUACUUCUUCAACAUCCAUUAGGUGUCUGUUUUGGACAAGAUGGCUUAGUUUAUAUUGCAGAUUCUUAUAACCACAAGAUCAAGAGGCUAAAUCCAUCAAAUAAACGAGUCACUACCUUAGCUGGGACUGGAAAAGCUGGUUUCAAGGACGGUAAAUCUUUAGAGGCUCAGCUUUCAGAGCCAUCAGGACUUGUUGAAGUCAGCAAUGGAAAAUUCUUGGUAGCUGAUACAAACAACAGUGUUAUCCGAUACAUGGACUUAAACCAAAGAGAACCACAACUUUUUACAUUAGAGUUGAAGGGUGUUCAGCCUCCUGUUCCUAGGGCGAAAACCAUGAAACGUCUGAGGAAGCGUUUAUCAGCUGAUACACAGAUUAUCACGAUGAAUGGUGGUCCAUCAACUGAGGGCAAUUUGUACCUUAAGAUAUCAGUACCAGAAGGGUAUCAUUUCUCAAAGGAAGCUCGGAGUAAAUUCAAUAUAGAAACACAGCCAGAUAAUGCAGUUAUCAUUGAACCCUUGGAAGGGAAUCUCAGCCCAGAAGGAUCUGCUGUCCUCCAUUUCAAAAGAUCCACCCCUUCACCUUCCUUGGGAAGAAUAAAUAGCAAGGUCUAUUAUUGCAAGGAAGAUGAAGUUUGUUUGUACCAAUCAUUAGCUUUUGAAGUUAACUUUCAAGAGGAAAAUUCCGGAUCAUCUCCGGCAGAAAUAACUCUACAAUAUCUCGUGAAACCAAAAGCAAGCAGAGACAGCCUACAGUUACCAGCUAGUUAUUGAUACAUGUCUCCAUUUGUAUAUAUGCUAUAAAUUUGCCAUUAAAAAAGCAUAUGAAGAUCAUUAAACUAGUUAUAGUCAUUCUGGAACUGAUUAAUUAUAUUAUUCCAGAUUAAGUGUUACGUUGAAUGUAUAUGCCAGCCGAUUUUGUUUCUUGAGUUUUCUUCAAUGGUCCUAUAUA